AUGAAGAAAAGCUGUUUUGUAUUAUUGUUGGUCGUAUGUGUAGCCUACAGCGCCUUAGACAUUACGAGUGCUCAAAGUGUUCUGGGGGAAUGUGUGAACGAGACAUUGGUAUUGAGAGAUACCUGCCAGGCGAGACCAAAACAUUCUAACUUUUUUAAAUUGUUAGAAAGUUUCAUUAAUAGAUGUAAAGAUACCGCUCUUAUAGUGUUAGAGCUGACCAUUACCGAUGUCGACCCGAACGUGCGCAAUCACUACAGAUUUGACCUGGUCAAGACGGAUUUAGGACAGACACUUUUGACACUCAAAUCACAAAUGGAAUUUCUAACCAUAGAUCUUCCCCUGCUGAGCGACAGAGUAGACCGACAACGUAUGGAAUUGAUCCCCUCUCCCCCUGGAUGUUUAACUAACAUCACGAUACCCGAUGCUCUAGUGAAAAACUGGCUUCUUUGUGGACUAACAAAGGACCAAGACGGUAUCGAAAAGUUAUUGGUCAAGAAAGUGUGCUUUGCAAAACCUUACGAGGAACCCAACGAUUGGUUCUUGUUCAGAGAUACCUAUUACCACGAGUGUACUGAAACAUCUAUAAAAGAUUCAGACUGGAUAAGGUUAAAUGAAGAUCCAUUGGUUCGACUGGUGACAUGCUCAAGCAGCCAUUACCUAGAGGAAUAUACAGUCCUGACAGAUCAAGAUCCAGUCCUGACAGAUCAAGAUCCAGUCCUGACAGAUCAAGAUCCAGUCCUGACAGAUCCAGAGCCCGCAGAUAAUAGUCAAAACAUACCAACGCCCGCAGAUAAUAGUCAAAACAUACCAACGCCCGCAGAUAAUAGUCAAAACAUCCCAAAGCCCGCAGAUAAUAGUCAAAACAUCCCAAAGCCCGCAGAUAAUAGUCAAAAUAUACCAAAGCCAGCAGAUUAUAGUCAAAACAUACCAAAGCCGGCGGAUUAUAGUCAAAACAUACCAAAGCCCGGAGAUAAUAGUCAAAACAUACCAACGCCCGCAGAUAAUAGUCAAAAUAUACCAAAGCCAGCAGAUUAUAGUCAAAACAUACCAAAGCCCGCAGAGAAUAGUCAAAACGUACCAAAGCCCGCAGAGAAUAGUCAAAACAUACCAAAGCCAGCAGAUAAUAGUCAAAACAUACCAAAGCCCGCAGAUAAUCGUCAAAACAUACCAAAGCCAGCAGAUAAUAGUGAAAACAAACCAAAGCCAGCAGAUAAUAGUCAAAACAUACCAAAGCCCGCAGAUAAUAGUCAAAACAUACCAAAGCCCGCAGAUAAUAGUCAAAACAUACCAAAGCCCGCAGAUAAUAGUCAAAACAUACCAAAGCCCGCAGAUAAUAGUGAAAACAAACCAAAGCCCGCAGAUAAUAGUCAAAACAUACCAAAGCCCGCAGAUAAUAGUCAAAACAUACCAAAGCCCGCAGAUAAUAGUCAAAACAUACCAAAGCCCGCAGAUAAUAGUCAAAACAUACCAAAGCCCGCAGAUAAUAGUCAAAACAUACCAAAGCCCGCAGAUAAUAGUCAAAACAUACCAAAGCCCGCAGAUAAUAGUCAAAACAUACCAAAGCCAGCAGAUAAUAGUAAAAAACAUAUCAAAGCCCGUAGAUAA